UUUAUAUUUGAAUCUAUAGCGUCGUAACCGUAUUUGUUGUUUAUCAAAGUGCCAGUCUCAAAGUAACAACAAAAAAAAAACGUUAUUUAAAAGUAUAAAGGACAAUAAAUAAAAAAAAUCUCACGCAAUUAUUUAAAUAAUAAUUACACGUGUGUGUAAAAAUUAUUUUAUGUACUGGCCAGUCACUGCUGUGUAAAAUAAUUUUUCUUAGUUAAUUUUGAGGUUUAAAAAUAAAAAAAACGAAGAUGGAUAGCACAGAGUGGCGCUCAACGGACGCAAACUCCGAAUUUUGUCUAGACGACUCUAUAUCGGACACAAUAAAUUCCUCAUUUAUGUCUUCCAAUACUCAAAAGGACGGAAAUUCAAGUUUUACAUCUGAAGAAGGACUUUUAAAUGCACUGAGUAAUUUGAGCAUCGAAUCUGCUCGGAAGGUCCGUAAGUCUCAGCCACGAAGCUCUUCACAAUCAGAUGGAGAUCUAGAUCUCUCGUUUGAAGACUGCCAGGAUUUGUCAUCAAAUACACAGAUCGAUGUUUCGGUUAAUAAUACUGUCAUUCAUGAUCCAUCACUGUCAGUUGGUGGAGAAACUGAUGCUGCUGGAAAGGAAGUACCAGGCCACGUAAAUGAACAUCCAGAAACUACUCAUGAACAAUUACAGUCAGUUGGUGCAGAGACUGAUGCUGCUGGAAAGGAAGUACCAGAUAACCACCUAAAUGAACAUCCAGAAAUUAUUCAAGAGCCAUCACAACUUGACAUAGAGACUGAUGAUCAAAUAAUUGACAUUCCAACAAAUGAUAGAGAACUAGAUUCUAAUUUUCAUACUGACAAUACAACAAAACACGACACUAAUGUUCCGGACUUACAAUUAAAUGACAUUCCAAUGAAUAACGACAGCCAAAAAACUGUUCCAGGUGCUGAUGAUCAGAAAAAUAUGAAUAGAAGUAUAAAAACGGUUUUGAAUCAAUCAGCCAAGAAAAGUAAACCUGCUUCGCCAUCUUUGCUGCCUAAACCAAAGCCGCGGAAUGUCAGCAUGUCGUUGAAUCAAUCUGCAGUAAAAGACAGUGCUAAAAAAUCAUCAGUUAAACAUAUGGUCAAGACAAUUGUCGAUACUACGGAUGGCAUACAAGUAAAAGAUGAACAAAUAAAUUAUUUUGGAAUACCAGUUAUUGCUCGUAGAAAAACACGUACUCAGGUUCAGCCCUUCAGCUUUGUAGCACGAGAAAAAAAUUCAAAUACCAGUCAGAAUAUGAAGAAUAAAACUUCUGGUACGGCUGAUAAACUGGUCAAUAAAACUUUGAGUGGUACAGCUGAUAAACCGGUCAAUAAAACUUUGAGUGGUACAGCUGAUAAAGUUCUUAAUAAAACUUUAACUAAUAAAAAAGUACCAAGUGCACCGUCAAAAAUAUUAAACAAAUCUAUUGCCAGUAGAGUGUCGACUGCUACGAGCACAGCUAAACCAUCAGCUACAAAGAGUUUGAACAGCACAAGAAGUAUUACGAAAGUAAAUCAAGAAAAUAAAACGCCGAAUGUUGCUGCUGAUACUGCACCAAAGACGAAACCUAAAGUAAUAUCAAAACCAACAAUCAUGGGACCACCGAAAUUGCAUACUGACAAGAGAGCUAAAGAAAGGCACGAGUUUGAUGUCCAGAUACGUCAGAAGCAACUGGAGAUUGAUAGAAUGCGAGCGCUGUUGGAACAAAAACAACGUGAGAAGGAAAAACUUGAGGAACGGGCUCUGAGGAAAACUAUGGAACCCAAAGCUCAUCCAAUGCCGGAAUUCAAAACCCCCGCGCCUAUUCAUUCCCUUAAACCUCUGACUGAACCCCAGAGUCCCGCGACGUGGGCCAGUAAUCAUAAAAAACAAUAGCGUUAAUAAAACAUAUAUUUUAUUUUCAAUACUUUGUAAUUUUAUAAUGUCGUAAAAAUAAUCUUUAAUUGUAUGUCGCUAGAAUUUAUAAUUCCAGUUCUUUUUUUAUUAGUUGAGAAUAUUCAUCACUUGGACAAUAUUUUGUACGUAUUUUUCAAUAA